AUGGGUGAGGUCGAGGUGGUGAGUCGGCGCUUGCCGGCCUUGGGGCUGAGGAACCCGGGCAAGGGCGUCCGCGCGCUGUUGAGCCUCUGUCAGCAGCCGGCGCCCCGAAGCCCGCCGCGCCCCCCCAGGAGGAGGGCUCUGGGAGGGCGCCCGCGGCUGUUCUCUUGCUCAGUUCUGCGACUUAGAGAUCACAGGAGCCAUUCACAGCUAAAGGGGAACAUUGAGCAAUUCUUCACCAAAUUUGUGGAUGAGGGGAAAGCCACUGUUCGGUUAAAGGAACCUCCUGUGGAUAUCUGCCUAAGUAAGGCCAAUUCCAGCAGUUUAAAGAGUUUCCUUUCAGCUGUGAGACUGGCUCAUAGAGGCUGUGAUGUUGAAACACCAUUUUCAUCUCUCACACCGGUGAAGACUUCAGAAUUUGAAAAAUUUAAAACUAAAAUGGUCAUCACAUCCAAAAAGGACUAUCCUCUAAGCAAGAACUUUCCAUAUUAUCUGGAACAUCUUCAGACUUCUUAUUGUGGGCUUGUCCGAGUUGAUAUGCGUAUGCUUUGCUUAAAAAACCUUAAAAAAUUAGACUUGAGUCACAAUCAUAUAAAAAAGCUACCAGCUACGGUUGGAGACCUCAUCCACCUUCAAGAACUCAACCUGAGUAACAAUCACUUGGAGUCAUUUAAUGUGGCAUUGUGUCAAUCUACACUCCAGAAAUCACUUCGGAGUUUGGAUCUGAGCAAGAACAAAAUUAAGGCACUCCCUGUGCAGUUUUGCCAGCUCCGAGAACUUACAGUUUUAAAACUUGAUGAUAAUGAAUUGAUUCGAUUUCCUAUGAAGAUAGGACAAUUGACAAACCUGCAAUUUUUGUCAGCAGCUCGAAAUAAGCUCCCAUUUUUGCCUAGUGAAUUUAAAAAUUUGUCCCUUGGGUACUUGGAUCUUUUUGGAAAUACUUUUGAACAGCCGAAAGUUCUUCCAGUUAUAAUGCUGCAAACACCAUUAACAUUAUUGGAAUCUUCUGCACGAACCAUAUUACAUAAUAGGAUUCCAUAUGGCUCUCAUAUUAUUCCUUUUCAUCUUUGCCAAGAUUUGGAUACUGCAAAAACCUGUGUUUGUGGAAGAUUCUGUCUAAACAGUUUUAUUGAGGGAAUGACUACCAUGAAUCUACACUCUGUUGCUCACACUGUGGUCUUAGUAGAUAAUAUGGGUGGCACUGAAGCACCCAUUAUUUCUUAUUUCUGUUCUCUGUCAUGUUAUGCAAAUUCCUGUGAAAUGCUAAAGUAAUAGAUGAUACCACAAAAAGAAAUUACAGAUCAGUUUGGGAUUCAUUUAUGGUUUAACAAUGUCACAUUGGAGAAAGGGAAGCUUUUUUUGCAUACAUACAUGUUUGAGGGGAAGAAUGUGUGUUAGCUAACAUUUUCAAUAAUUUGACUGGAAAACCUUGAUUUCAUUAAAAUCUGAUUUUAUUGUGGGGUUAA